AUGACACGCCAAUUUUCUUCGCCAGCUUCGGCCAAUAGCACGUACUUCAGGCAGUUCGACUGCGGUGACAUUUUCAAUGGAGUUGUCGUCGAGACUGACAUUGACAACGUCGACACGCUCAGCAGAGUCCACGGCGUGGCCAAUGUUUGGCCCAUGAAGACUGUCCCAAUGGCGUCUGGUAUUCGACGAGUCAAGGCUGCACUGGACUUCAAGAGCCACAAUUACUCUGUGCAUCAAUGGACCGGCGUCGACCAACUCCAUACUCAAGGCAUUCGGGGCAAAGGCGCGACUAUUGCCAUUAUCGAUACCGGCAUUGACUAUACGCACCGAGCGCUUGGCGGCUGCUUUGGUCCAGGCUGCAAGAUUGCUGGAGGCUAUGAUCUCGUUGGGAACUCUCACAAUGAGAAGCGGUUCCCCAAGGACCCGGAUCAGGAUCCGAUGGACUUUCAUGGCCAUGGAACCCAUGUUGCUGGGAUCAUUGCUGCAGAGAAUGAAUGGCUUAUUGGAGUUGCUCCUGACGCUCGACUUCUUUCGUUCAAGGUGUUUGCAGAUGACCCCUGGGACACAGACGAGGACGUGCUCAUUCAGGCAUUUUGCGAUGCAUAUGGCGCUGGAGCCGACGUCAUUACGGCCAGCAUUGGUAGACCUGACGGAUUUGCCGACGACCCCUGGGCUCUGGUUGCGAGCAGAAUCGCCGACAAGGGCGUUGUUGUUACCAUCUCAGCGGGCAAUGAAGGCAACACUGGGCCAUUCUACUCAAGCAGCGGCGCCAACGGCCACAAUGUCUUGUCUAUAGCUGCCAUCAACGUUACGGGGGACCCAAGUAUUAGCACGUCCGAUCCCACCGCGGCACCCAUUCCCGCCAUUUUCACGUCAUGGGGGCCUACCAACGAGUUGCUCCUCAAACCUGAUGUUGGUGCCCCAGGCUUUGACAUCAUCAGCACCGUGCUGGACAACGACUACGACUUGAUGAGCGGAACGUCCAUGGCCGCGCCGUAUAUCGCAGGAAUUGCUGCUCUUUACAUCUCAAAGCAUGGCGGUCGGGAAUUCCAUGGCCCCGGAUUUGCAAAAAUGCUUGCCAACCGCAUUGUUUCCAGCGGAGUCAGUCUUGGGUGGGCUGCCGACAACAUCAACUUCGAAUUCAGAGCGCCUCCCUUUCAGGUUGGGACUGGCCUGGUGAAUGCUCUCAAGGUUCUGGACUAUACCACUCAGUUAUAUUUCGAGCCUUUCUCUUUGUCGGAUUCCAUUCAGUUUCGGCCGAAAUGGACUGCCAACAUCACGAAUGCAGGCAAUCGAACAGCCGUGUAUUCUUUCGAGAUUGAACCCCAAGCUGGAGUGGAGAUCUUGGAUCCUCACUACGGUAUCAAAACCGCCUACAACCUGGAGCCAAUGCACAUUGUACCGCCGGUCAAGUUGCCCGAGGAUGUUGCACUGGCACCAGGGGAGACGCGAGAAGUCGAGUUCUUCUUUGGACUUCCUCAAACUGUUAAUGAUGAUUACCUCCCACUGUUCGGUGGUAAAGUUUGGAUAAGAGGGAGCAACGGUGAAGAUCUCUCAAUUCCCUAUGGAGGGGCCGCAUACGAUACAGAGAAGGCGUUUGAUACCAUGUUCUUGGGCGACCCUUUCAUCACAGACUGGGGCGGCAACUGGACCAGCUGGUCAUUCAAUGCAGACAGAAACCGGUUCGAUUUCAUGGAAUUGUCUGCACGCCUCGAUUAUCCAUGUUUCCACCUCCGUUGGGAUAUAUACACUGCAUAUUGGACUGAGCCCCAUUGGGAGUAUCCUCCCAUUGUCGGGGUAUCAGGCUACGUUGGUGCGGCGGCCACGAUGCGAGAUGCCGAUACCUUUUGGUAUUACGAUCCAAGCCGCAUGGACAAGGAGCAAACGGCGGCAUUUCCCAUGAUGAGAGUUCCCCGUGGCUAUGCGAAGCAUUGGUGGUUUGGCAAGCUGGCGAACGGAAGCCAUAUUGCGCCAGGCAAUUACACCCUGCGAUUUGCGGCUUUGCGCCCCUACGGCAAUCCAAACAUCUCGGAUCACUGGGACAUUAUGCGCAUGCCUGUUCGAAACAUUCAAGUCUUGCCAUAUAACGGCACGAAUGCCACCAUACAUCGAGGUUGA